CUCCGCCACCGGAAGAGGGCGGCUGGCCGGCCGUUUGUGGCUGAGCCGGGGGCCGCGGUCAUGAGCAAAAGGAACCAGGUCUCCUACGUGCGGCCGGCCGAGCCCGCUUUCCUCAGCCGCUUUAAGCGGCAGGUCGGGUAUCGGGAGGGGCCCACGGUGGAAACCAAGAGAGAACAGCUUCCACUUGCGGAUAGUGAUUCUGAGAAUGGCAGUGAUAAUGAAGAUGAGCAGCCUCAAGUGGUAACGCUGAAAAAAGGGGACUUGACUGCUGAAGAAGCAAUGAAAAUUAAACAGCAAAUCAAAGAGGCCUUGAAGUCAAGUGAACAAGAUGGUGAACCAGAAUCUGCUGAUGGAAAAAUUAUGUUCAGGAAGCCAGCCAAACGUUCAUCAGAGAAGGUUUUGGACUUCAAUGUAAGUUCAAGUAAGAAGAUGAAAAAGACAAAGAAAACUGACAGAGAAGCAACUUCUUCUCAGAGUACAGCCAAGCAAGUGAAAAACAGCAGUCUUCUCUCAUUUGAUGACGAGGAAAAUGAUGAUUAGGACUGUAUAUGUUUAGUUAUCCUUCCUGGAAUUAGAGUAAGAAUGUGGAUUUUCUUAGAAAUUGAAGCACAAUAUCUGAAUCUUUUCUUACUUGUUAUCAUUCAUCAAGAGAAAACAUAGCAUGAGCAAAACUGAGCUCAGACUUUUCAGUUCAGGUGGAACUGUAGGAAUAGUAUCUCACAUCUUUAUUUUUAAAAGAGUUUAAACAAAUGUGUCAAAGCUAUUUGAGAGGAGUAGCAUCUCAAAUAGUUAGCUAAAUGAGUAGCAAAAUAUACCUGUAUAUAUCCAGCUUAAAUAUAUUUUCAGUCAAUUCAUUUUAAAAUGUCCUCCAUUAGUAGAAUUUUGUUUCCCCUCUGUCAGUUGGGCUUAGUUGAGAGUUGUGUACUUUUUUUACUUAUUAUUGUCUUAACAUUCAAAAGACAGAGACCUCAUUGCUAUGGAACAGAAAUCGAUGUCUUUUGCCUUGUAUAUUAACAGAAGCUUGCACUAAAUUUUGCAUGUAUGGUUUGGCAGAUAAGCUCUUUGUGAGCUCCCUUGCAGUAAGUGAGCCUGCAGUUGCUAAAAUCAUGUAGUCUUAAUUCUGUCUUCACUGAAUGCAGUCCAAGAAGCAUCACAUUAAUUUGAAUUAAUUGUGCUGGCAAGAUAUAAAAAAUUGGGAUUGUAUCAACUAGUGCAAAAGAAAGAUGCCUAAACCCUUUUGAGGUCAUACACUUUGGUUACCACACUGAUGUGUGAAGGUGGUGUGUUUUUUUGGAAGUAUAGUCUAGUUAGCUACGUAUGUAUUUGUAAUUGUUUGGCAUAUCAGUUUACUCUUUCAAAAACGCAUUUCAUCUUUAAUCUGUGGAAAAGUAUUUUAAUUUUGUUUGAAUAGGAAAUUGUAAACAGGAAAACUAAGUCAAGAAAUACUAUGGCUGUGGUAGAAAGUUUUAAAAUGUUUCAAAUGACCGUGUAUGGUACCCCGAAAAUGAUCAUUUCUGUACUAUUCAUGUAAUGGAAUGUACCAAAAUUAAAUAACACUGAGUUGCUGAUGGGAUUGGGAAGCACCAGGAGGUAGAAAUAGGACUAAUGAGUCUGACAUGUCUUGAAUAUAUUGUGUGUUCUGUAACCAUAUUUAAGCAAGACUGAGACUGCUGCGAAAUUACAGGGUAUGAAGCAGCAAAACCAGUUCUUGUGCUGCAUGACUGGUCAUUUGAAAUCAUUUGGGCUGUAAAGCUUCAUUAAGGAGCAAAUUUUUGAAGUUGCUGUGUGAAACAGCUGGUUUUAGUUUGUUAAUUUGGUAUUAAACAAUAAAUUAUGCUUUCUGAAAGUGGUCCGAGGAUAUUUAAAUUAAAAAUUCAACGCAUAACGCGGGAUUUUUGGAGUCAUCCAGUAAUAAAGUCUAUUAUAAUUGC